AUGUUCCACCAACGUGUUCCAUGGACUUCUAUCGAGCAAGUACGCAAACAGCAGGAAAUCAUCAAUAGGCAAUCUGCCACAAAAACAGGAUUCGAGAAUUUCGCGCAACUCAUUCAACUGGCCAACUCGAUGGAUUGCUCAUGCACAUCCGAGCCGAGCGGCAUGAUGGCAGGUCAAAUGCCAUCUGGAAUGUUUCCCGGCCAUUUUCCAUCGGGACUGCCGCCAAUCACCGGCGGUGGCAAUGGAGCAGGAUUUUUUCCGAUUCAACGCGGAUUGCCGAUAGCGUCGUUCAACGGCGGCAGCACGCAACCGAUGAUCACGAUGCCGUACACGAGAAAAUUUUGA